AUGCACUCCAUACCGACCUGCCAUACCGACCGAGUGCCCCUCUCUCUCUCUUUGGGUGAGGCGUCCGGCUGCAUCUUGGAUCAGCUGGAGAAGGUCUGCGAGGGCGAGGCCCCCGAGCUCGUGGCGCCCGCCGCGGAGGAGAACCUGUGGAUGUGCUGUUGCCCCGAGCCCUACGUGCCUUGUAGCCCCAACGAGUCCGACACGACCUGCGCCCCUCGGCACCCGGUCACCACGCGCGAACGCGGCCGCCGAUCCGCGCCGAUCUCGACCGCCCCGGUGCCGAGGCUGCUGGACGCGGCGACCGCGUCGUGCGGCGACCUGGUCCGGGCCACCGCGCCGGCGAAGUGCGGUGAAUGGCCGAAGGCCAUGCCGAAGCUGAUGUGUGAAAUGUUGACCUGGCAGUGGGAGGAGUUGGGCGAUGGGAACGCUGCGGAGUUCGCUCAGUACGACUGUCCCAUGAUCCAGGAGAACCAAGCCACGGGCGGCGAUGAGCGGAAGGGCCAUCGCUUGAAUUGGGAUCCGCGUCGGAGCCGCGAGUUGUGA